UCCACUUACCUUUGACCACCGGAAACACGUCACUGGUUUGUUGCUAUGGCAGAAAAAAAAUCAGUCCGCUGUCGGUUAUUUACUCAAACAUUUGAUGUGAAGAGAAACAUAUUUAACCAAAACGCUCCUGCGGUUACACCACAUUAUUAGUAAUGUGAGUCUGCGUAGUGUCAAAGAAGAAUUCUGUGGUUCUUAAAAAUAAAAGCUAACGCCGAGCUAACUAGCUAACUAACUAGCUAGCUACAAGUUUUGGCUAAGCUAAAAAGCUAAACAACAACAACAAGUAGCGAAGCAACGGACCAAACGGUAAAACUCUGAAGAACCUUUAAAAAAAAAUGGACGUGAGCAUCGCCGUGUCGCUGAUCCGAGGCCAGAUGGGCGCCGUGGUGGAGCGGGCGGUGAACGGAGCGGUGGAGACGGUGCUGGCCGAGAUGCUCAAAGUGGUCGGGGUCAAAUUCGAGGAGCUGAAGACGCAGCUGGCGCUGAUGAAGCGCGACGUCACGGCGCUGCAGAGGGAGAAGGCGCUGAAGGAGAAGGAGAACGACAACAUCCGAUCCAAGCUGCGCUACACGGAGCUGAAGCUGAAGUACUACAGGCAGGGGGUGGAGGAGGAGCUGCAGCAGAGAGAGGCCGCCACCGCCUCCGCCUCCACGCUGGUCCAUGUCCACCAACCGUCCACCUACUCGCAGACCCAGAGAGCUGGUGCAGGCCUUUACCCCGCCGAGACCUCGUCAUCGUGCUCGACUCAGACCAGGAACGAUGAGGGCAGUCAAGACACAGGCGAGAGUGCAGACGCCGUCGUGGCUCCUCCUCCUCUUCCUCCUCUUCCUCCUCCUGCCCAAGCGCUGACUCUGGAUCCGGGGAAGCAGUCGGCGCCUUGUCCGCUGUCCUCGGACAGUUCCGCCCAGGCCGACAGCUCCACGCUGCCCCCCUCUGCUCCACAGGUGAUGCAGGUGAAGCAGGAGCAGAAGGAGGAGGAGGAGGAGGAAGAAGAGGAGGUGAUCUGUAUCAAAGAGGAGCCGGAGGAGGAGCAGGAGGUGAUGGCCACCUUAGUGCUAGACUGCCAGAUGCAGCACGGUCAACUGUCAGAGUCGGAGACUCAGAGCUCAGUGACUGGUUGGCCGGGGUUUCCAACAGGUCAGAGAAAUCUCUCCACCUCCUUCAGUUCGGCACCAAGCAGCUACCUGAUGCUUCAGCCGGAGGCCUCCCAGCGGUCGAUGGGAGCCUUGCCCUGCGGCCUCCCCCCUCGCCAGGCCGUGCGGCCCUGGGCCAAAGACUUCAGCCUCUACGAAGAAUACAAACUGCGCAGGAACGAGCUCCGCCGGCGAAGUCUCAACAGGCGGCGAGAGCUGGAGAAGACGCUACCUCAACCGCUGCUGGCCGACAUGGUGCGCGAGCGGCGAGAGAAGACCAGACUGAGGGUGGCGAGGUGGAGGGCGAAAAGGAAACUACAGGCCUGUUUGAACCAGACUCAGACUCAAAGCGGCGCCGCAGGACUUUCUCAAACUGUCUAUUCCAUCGGCAGCCAGCAUCAGGAGCUCCGAGCGUCUUGUGCGUCCACCUCCGGCGGUCAGCAGAGACGAAACUCCACGCUGCCUCAGUCCGGCAGCUACCUCAACAACAACAACAACAACACGUCCGCCGCUCUCCCCUUCAUGACCUCCUCCCCCUCGCUGCUGCAGCAAGGAUCCAUCAUGGCCGCACACCAGCACGCCGUGACGUCGACUUCAUCCUCGUCCUUCCCGCAGCAGGUCAGCCUAUCGCAGCAGGGCUUCUCUCUGACGGAAGCUGAUGUCUUACAGUGAGACGUUUUGGAAGUCAGAACUGUGAAUGUGCUCAGAUUUUAAGAAGGUGUUUAUAGAAAAUAUGUUGGAUGUUUAACAACCUACAAAAUGAACCAUCCAAAAGAUGAGUUAGUUAUUAGAAUUUAUUUACGACCUAUUUUUUACAACUAAAUUAUGUUAUUAUGUUAAAACUUAAUUAAACACGAACAUAUUUCAUUUUCGUUAAGGUGCAAAAACUAAAUAAUAACUUGAAAGAACAAAAAUUCUCAUUCAGUCUCAUUCACUGACCUGCAUGUAGCUGCGGAGUCAAACACUGUGGCCUAAAUCACAAGUAGUAAAACAGUUUCCACUGCCGACCAAAAAUAUCUAUUCCUCAGAAGUUCAUUUAUCAGUUUAGCCGUUGAUUUUACUUUUCUUUCAGUCUGAUUUCUGCUGCCCAAAAGAAAUGAGUCAAUAUUUAUUAAUACUCAGGAGCAGCGGCACUCGCUGAAAAGAGCCAAACCACUUGCUAUGAUUAUGAGUUUUGCGUCGUUUUCUGCCAUUGCCAGUCACAAAUUGUUCUUUAUGGUGGCGCACCAACUGAUUCAAUUUCCGGUUUCCGGCAGCGUCUGAAAAUGUAAAUGCGUUCAAAUAUUCAAGUAAAACACUUUCAGAAAACUUGUGUAAACUAUCUGUACUAUACACGGUAGAGAUUAUUUUGAUUCAGUACUUUUAACUGUAUAUAAGUUUUAUAUAUGUAGAUUUGUGAUAAAUGUCAUGAACCUGUAAAUGUUCCAGUUUUAAUGUAUUUUACAAUUCAAAUAUUUUGUUUGCGUUGAUUUGUUCUUAAAAUAUUGGACAAGGACGUGACGUGAUGUGCAGUUUUUUGGUUUGUUUUUUUUUACAACAAACACGUUUAGGCUGCAAACGAAAGAAAAAUCCAACUGGCAGAACAAACACAAUUGGCAGAUAAAGAUCUGACGAAAGAUUCUUGUUAGGUUUCUAAUAAAUGCAGCUAAAACAA